AUGACCCAACUCACCAAGGUUCUCAUUGCCCUCGCCGUCAUCGGCGCAACCUUUGCGGCUCCCGUCAACCAGCCUCGCCAACUUGGCGGAGAAGGCAGCGCUGCGGAUGCCAUCAUCGGCGAUACCGACAACGCUUCUGGCUAUGCCGUUGAAAACGCCGAGGAUCACAUCGCCGAACUCCUCGGCGGUCAUCCUACUGAGCCCAAUGAGCCCAAUGGUCUGAGCGGCAGCGGCAGCGGCGGUGGCAGCCCUCCUCCUCCUCCUCCUCCAAAGGCUAGAAUGGUCAAAAUGACCAAGAGACAGGGCGACAAGAUUUCCGAUGGUACUGCUGCAAUCUUGGACGCCGCAGGACUUACUGGGGAAGCCGAUCUUGUCAAGACUGAUGGAGAUGCUAUUGAUGGGCAGACGACUGGGGACGCAGCCCUCAUCGGACAGCAGGUUGGAGGAGAUGAAGAGGAUAUUGGCGAGCGUGUUGGAAACUUGGUUCCCAACAAGCUUCCUACUGCUCCCGGUGUCCCUGGAGCUUAA